AUGGGUGACCGAAGAAGUGGAAAGAAUAAGAAACGAAAUCUGGGAAGGAAUGAGUACCGACGGCAAUCAGUAGAUAAGAGAGCGAAGACUGAAGAGACCCAGGAAGCAAAAAGACGGAAACUUGAUCAAGGAGAAGAGCAAAAGCUUCCCAUCUAUGCAACUCAUUUCUCCCCGGAAGAGAUUGCGGCGGAGGAAAGGCGCCCUAAACGGAAGGUGGCCGUAUUGCUGGGCUACUCUGGUACCGGCUAUCAUGGAAUGCAAUUGAGCGAGACCCAGAAGACCAUCGAGGGCGAGCUUUUCCCUGCCUUUGUCGCAGCGCGUGCGAUCUCGAAGGCCAAUGCGGCCGAUCCGAAGAAGUCGUCGCUCGUCCGAUGCGCGCGUACAGACAAGGGCGUGCAUGCAGCAGGUAACGUUGUAUCGCUGAAAUUGAUCGUGGAGGAUCCAGACCUGGUGAAAAAAGUAAACGAACAUCUCAGCCCUCAGAUCCGGGUGUGGGGUAUUCAGGUGACGAGCAAAAGCUUCAGUUGCUACCAUAUGUGCGACUCCCGCAUAUAUGAGUACCUGAUCCCAAGUCACUGCUUUUUGCCACCACAUCCCAGUACAUAUUUGGGCAGGAAAAUCGUAGAAAUCGCAGAGCAGUUCGGCGACACAAAGGGUUUCCAAGAAAGACAGCAGGAAGUGGCGGGAUUCUGGGAAGAUGUUGACGAGCGGGAAAUCAAGCCAAUUCUGCAAGGGCUGCCUGAGGAUCUCCGGCGGCUGGUUCAGAAGGCGCUCUAUAUAGACGAGAAUUUGGCCCUCUCCUUUGAGAAGAAAGAGGAGGAGCAGCCUGCUGAGAGCGCGCCUUCGAAAGACGAAGGACGAGAGUCAUCCGGAACUUCAGACGCGGCAAAUCCAGAGGGCAAACCAAAACUCAACGAAACACAAAGGGCAAUGAUCAACGAAGCCAUCAAAUCUAUCAAGGCGGCCUAUCUGAAAGCCAAGCGGGCGUACCGAAUCCAUCCAACCCGUCUCCGCCGCCUGCAGGAAACCCUUGACAAAUACGUGGGUACCCGGAACUUCUGGAACUACACGGUGCAGAAAACGUACCAUGACCCCUCGGCGAAACGGGUCAUCAAGUCCUUUGUCGUGAACCCGAACCCCAUCAUCGUCAACGGCACGGAAUGGCUCAGUCUGAAGGUCCACGGGCAGAGCUUUAUGAUGCACCAGAUCCGGAAGAUGGUCGCCAUGGCAGCCAUGGUGGUGCGGUGCGGAUGCGACCCUAACCGCAUCGUCGACAGCUACGGUCCCACGAAGAUCGCCAUCCCAAAGGCGCCCGGCCUGGGUCUUCUGCUGGAACGGCCCAUCUUCGACGGAUACAACCGCAAGGCGAAGGAAUUCGGCAAGGAGAAGAUCGACUUCAGCAAGUACGAGAAGGAGAUUGAAGAAUUCAAGCAACGGGAGAUCUACGAUCGCAUCUUCCGCGAGGAAGAGGAGACCAAUGCUUUCGGCUCUUUCUUCAACCACAUCGAUCAUCUCCCGCAGGAAGAAUUCCUCUACGUGACAUCCGGAGGCAUCCCAGUCGCGAAACCCGCCCUCCAACCUGGACAAGUCAAGGCCGCCGCUGCUGCCAAGGACGGCACAGGCGCAGCAGAGCCAGCAACGAAGGACCAGGCUGGAGAGGGCCAGGAGGAGGCAACCACGCAGCCCCGGAAGACGCACGAGGAGGUCCUCGCAGCGGUAGAAUCGGACUCGGAGACGGAAGGCCGACUCCCUGAUGGUGGCGAGGAGGGUGGAUAA